ACUCUUUUCCCUCUCUUUUCUCAGUGAGAAUUUGGAAGUGGAAGGAAAGCCAGGCUACGACCCAGAAGUGACGCGGAGGCUGUUGGCUGCAUCCUUGAAGCUAGCUGGGAAACACCUGGAUGGAACCCCAAAGGAGAUUUCUGAUCUCAUUUAAUAUGAUGAUAAUGAUUGUACUUCUGCACUGAUUUUUUUCCCUAUUGUUAUUGUUAUUUAUUAACUAAGGUAUCAAUUUUUUUUUUUUUUUUUUUUUUUUGUAAUUUCAUAUUGUAAAGGUUGAUGUUACUAUGUAGGUGUUGAAGAGCCUUCAAUUUUUUGGCAAAGGUGUUUAGAUUCAUUCGCCCUUGACCAUUUCGUAAGAUUAGAAAUUAAAAGUCAAGAAAGAGGUCUAACUUAAACUGUUAAACAAGUGCUUGAAUUUACAAUUGUGUGAAGUUAUUAAAGAUGAGUCACUAAAUUGAUGAUUAAAAAAGAUUUUGAAUUCAAAGUCAAAGAAAAAGUCCAAUUAGAUAAUUAUGGAAAUAUAAUCAUAGUGUGGUAUAACUGCAGGAGAAAAAGGUUAUCUGUCUUAUCUCUAGUAAAGCCACAUCUCAAUAAUUCCCAUAUUCUCACACUGUGGAGUUAGUUUAAAUAUAUCCAGAAUGAGGAUCAUUGAUAUUGCAUGCUGGGAAGUGCUAAAUGUUGAGGGUGAGUGGGCCUACAACGGCAAGAGUGCUCCGAGAGAUGGUUCAAAAAUAUGUGUUCAUAUAACCAAUGAGUGCUGCUCAUGUGAGAUAGAGCUGCUUGAAUCACGGUAUCUAGUAUGUGAGGCUGAAGAAACUGUGGUUUUUGGAGAGGCUGUCUCAGCAUUUGACCGAUCCCUGGAAUUGGCCCUCUCAGUGAUGAAUGAUGAUGAAACAGCCCUUAUCAAUAUCAAAUUGCCAAGAAAAUAUGUGGAUGAUGAGGCAGACAAUGACGAUAUCACUUUUACCUGCCAGUUAGGCCUGAAGAUCAUAGAAAAUGCAAAGCUGAUUUUUGAGCAUAGCCCAGAGGAGAAAAUGGCCAGGGCCAUUCGGUAUAAGAACUUAGGUGUUGGCUUGUACAAAGAAGGCAGUUUUUCCAAGCAGGUCUCAGCCUUUUUCAUGUUCAGCCAGUCUGUAAAGUGGUUGGUAACAAUAAAUACAGAGGAAGCACAAAGCAGCCUGGCUGAGAUUAAGGCGAUCAAGAUGCAUUGUUACAACAACCUGGGGCUUUAUCACUUACGCAAUCAUCAGUAUCGACUGGCUGUGGCAGCCACAGUGACUGUCCUUAACGAAGACCCUGAAAACAUCAAGGCCCUUUACAGGCGCUCUGUGGCAAACACUGAACUGCAAAACUAUGAAAAGGCUGAAGAAGACAUUCAGGCAGCUCUUUUGCUUGACCCCAACAACACCCUCAUCAAGAAGCAGGUGGAAAUUCUCAAGAAACGGCAAAAGAUGCUUUCCCACAAGUAUGCUGAGGCAAUGAAAAAGUAUUUUGCCUGAAAGGAGAGGCCAAUUAUGUCCACUAAUCAUAGAAUUAAGAGCAAAUUUUAUCUUCAUUUUUCAAAGGUACAACUCCAGCUUGCAAAAGGUUUGUUCAAAUAUAAAGGUUUAAGCCUAGCCAGUACAAUAGACUGAAUUAAAGUUUUUUUUUUUUAUACCAGAUAAUUUACUUUUACCCUAUAAAUAUGUGAUCUUUCUCUUUAGCUUAUCAAGUUAAAUUUUAUACAAAAUUUCCCUUGUAUAGUUCAAGGUGUCACAAGCAUUAUCAUUAUUAUGAUUUGUCUUAAUCCUUUUGGGUGUAUCAGGCAGUUGUCGGACCAUUUAGUAAAAAGUGUUAUUUCUCUGUACGGAAAUAAAAUUGGCAUUUUGACCAUUUAUAAAAAAAAAAUUCAAAUAGCCCACGAAUUUCAUUUCUAAAUAUAAAAGAUUAUGACCUUACUAUUACACCACAAUAUCCAGAUAAGGAUAAAAGUAAAAGUAUACUCUGAGGUACAUCACAAGAUGUGAAAAGCUUGUUAAGGCUAAAAUAUUUGGAAGGGAAAUAGAUAUGGCUAAGUAUACUCUAGUGGAAAAGUUUUUUCUUGAAUGUAGGGUAAAGCCAGUUUCCCGUUUACGCUCGACUCAUUCAGUAAUUCAAGCACAACAUUAGGCACUCAGUAGCUUGUAGCUCUAUUUCAUAAGCAAAAGUUUUGACAUAUUUAAGGUUUCCCUUCACUUUAAGUGCUUGCAUGUAAUAGUUACACUAAAUAAAUAAUGUCGCUACUAUCAGAGAAAUAUGAACUCCAUAUGAUGAGCUGAUGGCACUGGGUGUCGUGAAGCAGUGCCACCUGUACUUUAGGCCCAGCUAAACCAUGGCAUUGUACAUGAUGCCAGCUGCAAGACAAAGGUUUGACCAUUAUUAGCACCAAUAGGGUUAAACAUUUGACCUAAUAUAUAGCACUCAUGUAAAGAAAUAUUAAACAAUGUUCAUUCUUA